GAUCUGGAAGUUGCAACUCUAAAUGUGCUCUUGAAACUGCACCAAAAUUUCUGCAGGUCUUGAAAAAGACUUUGGCAAGUCAAGCCAAACAAGAAAGGACACAAGUGUAUCAACUUCUGAAGUUUUUUGAUACUGCCUUUCUACUUAAAGACUGUGCUUUAUGA